CGCGCUCCGUGAUUCCCGCGCGGGAAUCUUGCUGGACCGAGGCCGCGGCGUCCCCCGCUCUGCGACAUGUCGAUGCUGGCGGAGCGUCGCCGGAAGCAGAAGUGGGCCGUGGAUCCCCAAAACACUGCCUGGAGUAAUGACGACUCCAAGUUUGGCCAGAGGAUGCUGGAGAAGAUGGGGUGGUCCAAAGGGAAGGGCCUGGGGGCUCAGGAGCAAGGAGCCACAGAGCACAUUAAAGUUCAGGUGAAGAAUAACCACCUGGGACUCGGAGCCGCCAUCAACAAUGAAGACAACUGGAUCGCGCACCAGGACGACUUUAACCAGCUUCUGGCUGAACUGAACAGCUGCCACGGGCAGGAGGCAGCAGAUUCCUUGGACAGCAAGGAAAAGAAGGCGUUCAGCCUCGAAGAGAAGUCCAAAGUCUCCAAGAGCCGCGUUCACUACAAGAAGUUCACGAAAGGAAAGUCGUGGAAGGCGCUGACGCUGUCCCAGAAGCGGCCCUACGUGGACGAGGCGGAGCGGCUGCGGCUGCAGCACAUGCAGGACUACCCCAACUACAAGUACCGGCCGCGCAGGAAGAAGCAGGCCAAGCGCCUCUGCAAGCGCGUGGACCCCGGCUUCCUCCUGAGCUCCCUCUCCCGAGACCAGAACGCCCUGCCCGACAAGCGGGCCUGCGGCCGGGGGGCGCCGGGGGACAAGGAGGACGGCGGUGAGUACUCCCCGGGCGCCGCCCUGCCCAGCCUCCGCGGCUGCUUCCACGAGGGGCCGGCUGGCGGCGGAGCGUCCAGCGCGGACACCUACCCCUACGGGCUGCCCACGCCGCCGGAAAUGUCGCCCCUGGACGUGCUGGAGCCGGAGCAGACCUUCUUCUCCACGGCCUGCCAGGAGGAGCAUGCGCACUCCCGCCGCAUCCCCCACCUGCCCGGGCCCCCCUACUCCCCUGAGUACGCCCCCAACUCGCUCCACUGCGGGCACCCCCUGGGCCCCCUGGGGCUGGGCCAGGCCCCCAGCGUCUCCGUGGUGUCCUCUCUGCCCGGCUGCCCCCCGUCCCCUGCCUAUUACUCCCCAGCCGCCUUCCACCCUCUGCACCCCAACCUGCACGCCCACCUGGGCCAGCUCUCCCCGCCUCCCGAGCACCCUGGCUUCGACGCCCUGGACCAGCUGAGCCAGGCGGAACUCCUGGGGGACAUGGAUCGCAAUGAGUUCGACCAGUAUUUGAACACUCCUGGCCACCCGGACUCUGGGGCGGGCGCCGCGGCCCUCGGGGGGUCUGCCGCGGGCCCCCAGGCGACGCCUCCGUGCGCCUCGGAGACCAGCCUCAUCUCCGUGCUGGCGGACGCCACGGCCACCUACUACAACAGCUACAGCGUGUCCUAGGGCACCCAGGGGCGCCCAGCCCUGGC